AUGAAUAAAUCACCGGAGAGUGUUUAUCUCUCCCCAUAUGUUAAUAUGCGCCAGCAGUCUUUUACUAGGGCUCCCCCAGAUGGCGUAUCUCUCCCCCCGUCCUACACAAAUCCAACUACAUCAUUGACGCUCGAACUUAGUCAGCUCUAUAACAAAUGCAAUAACUUGUAUUCUUAUAAGCCUUCAAAUAAUCCUAGGAGAGUGCUCACUAAACCAUCGAAACCCGUACACAAUCAGGGUUAUGACAACCAAGAUAACGACUAUAUUUUAUACGUAAACGACUGGUUAGGGGGAGGCAGUAGCGGCACAAACAAUUAUCUCAUUAUAGAUAUCCUCGGUCAGGGUACUUUCGGUCAAGUUGCUAAAUGUCAGAAUGUUGCGACGGGCGAGAUAGUCGCAAUUAAAGUUAUCAAAAAUAAACCAGCUUAUUUUAAUCAGUCUAUGAUGGAAGUAACUAUAUUGGAAUUGCUCAAUAAUCAGUUCGAUAAUCAGGAUAAUCAUCACAUUUUGAGGCUAAUGGAUCAGUUUAUACACUGCAAGCAUCUUUGCUUAGUAUUUGAAUUACUCUCUAGCAAUUUAUACGAGCUUAUCAAGCAGAAUAGCUUCAGAGGUCUCAGCACCAGCUUGGUAAAGGUAUUUACUUCUCAACUGCUAGACGCACUUGUUAUUCUCAACCAAGCCAGGCUUAUACACUGUGAUUUGAAACCUGAAAAUAUCCUACUCAAAUCGCUUCAAUCUCCUCAAAUUAAGAUCAUUGAUUUCGGUUCAGCUUGCCAUGAGAGGCAAACAGUCUAUACUUACAUCCAGUCCCGCUUUUAUCGGUCGCCUGAAGUUUUGUUAGGUAUGCCUUACUCUUCAGCCAUCGAUAUGUGGUCAUUAGGUUGUAUAGCUGUCGAGUUAUUUUUGGGUUUACCCUUGUUUCCAGGUACCUCAGAAUACAACCAAAUAACUCGUAUUGUUGAUAUGCUUGGGUUACCUCCGUCGUUUAUGUUGCAGUCAGGAAAACAGUCGCAUGAAUUUUUUGAAACUUAUCUCGAUGAAUUCGGAAAAAGUCAAUUUAGAUUGAAAUCAUUAGAAAAAUAUUCACAAGAGCAUAACACACAAGAGCAACCGUCUAAAAAGUAUUUCUCUGCUUCAACUUUACCUGAGAUUAUCAAACAAUACCCAGUUAGCUCAUCAAAGGCUAAAUCAGAAAGUGACUUAAAGAAAGAACAAGCUAAUAGAUUGAGCUUUAUUCACUUCGUACAGGGUUUGUUAAACAUGAAUCCAAUAGAGCGCUGGUCACCUCAGCAAGCAAGAUUACAUCCGUUCAUCACAGGUGAACAAUUUACAGGUAGCUGGACUCCACCAAAUCUUCCAUCAGGAAACAAAUCAGGAUCACCAUCAGGUUCAACAUUGCAUGCAAGUUCGAACAAUCCUAUGUCACCAUCAUCAUCACAAAUACAACAUUUCGCGACAGGUACUCCAACUGCACCGCCUGCUGUUGCACCUGCGAGUGUGCCACCAACACCUACAGACCAAGUCAGGCCGUAUGGUGGAUUACAAGCCUCAUCAAAAUCCCCUUCACGUCCAUACCAGAAUGCACAAGCAUAUAAUCAACAAUUGGCUCAACAGAGUAACUAUCUUGGUCAACAAGCUUCUGCUCAGAUUGCAGCUGCGAAUGCCUACAGAAAUCCUUUCCCGCCACCACCACCACCUGCCACUAACAAAGCACAACCGCCAUUGCCGGGCGGUGCAGCUGCCUAUUCGUCACCAAGAUACCAAAAACAGAACGUCUAUCCAGGUGGGUUUUAA